AUGUCUAGCAAAUCCACCAUGAGCCAUCGUGCCUUCAGCACCAGCUCAGCCAGAGUCCCCAAGACCUGCCGCUCAGGCUUCAGCAGCGUCUCUGUGUCCCGCUCCAGGGGCAGUGGGGGCCUCACUGGGGCCUGUGGAGGAGCUGGCUUUGGCAGAAGGAGCCUCUACAGCCUGGGAGGCUCCAGGAGAAUCACCAUUGGAGGUGGCAGCUGUGCCAUGAGGAGUGGAUAUGGCAGCUGAGUUGGAGGUGGCUUUGGCUUUGGAGCAGGAGCCGGUGGUGCAUUUGGUUUUGGUGCUGGAGCUGCUAGUGGCUUUGGGCUUGGUGGAGGAACUGGCUUUGCUGGUGGCUAUGGGGGCUCUGGCUUCCCUGUCUGCCCUCCUGGGGGCAUCCAAGAAGUCACUGUCAACCAGAGUCUCCUCACUCCCCUCAACCUGCAAAUUGACCCAACUAUCCAGAGAGUGAAGACUGAAGAGUGGGAACAGAUCAAGACCCUCAACAAGUUUGCCUCCAUCAUUGAUAAGGUGCGGUUCUUGGAGCAGCAGAACAAAGUCCGAACCAAGUGGUUCCUGCUCCAAGAGCAAGGCACCAAGCCUGUCAGCCAGGACUUGGAUGAUCUAUUUAAGGGCUACAUCAUCACCCUGCAGAAAGAGUUGGAUUUUAUCAAGGGGGAGAGAGGCCAACUGGACUCAGAACUCAGGGGUGUACAGGACCUGGUUGAGGACAUAAAGAACAAAUAUAAAGAGGAAAUCAAUAAGCACAUGGCAGCAGAGAAUCAAUUUGUGACUCUGAAGAAUGAUGUUGAUGCUGCUCACAUUACUCAGGUUGGUCUACAAGCCAACAUGAAUAGUCUAACAAACGAGGUCAAUUUCCCCAAAGUCAUCUUUGAUGCUGAAAUGUCUCAGAUACAAACUCGUACCUCAGACACAUCUAUGGUCCUGUCCAUGGACAACAAUCGCAAACUGGACCUGGACAACAUCAUUGCUGAGGUCAAAGCCCAAAAUGAAGAGAUUGCCCAGAGGAGCAGGGCUGAGGCUGAUUCCUGGUACCAGACUAAGUGUGCCAACCUGCAGGCUGCCAUAGCUGAUGGUGAGCAGCAUGGAGAAAUGUCCUUCAAGGACUCCAAGAACAAGCUGACAGAGCUGAAAGAUGUCCUCCAGAAGACCAAGCGAAAUAUGGCCAGGCUAUUGAAAGAUUACCAAGAGCUAUUGAAUGUCAAGCUGUUCUUAGAUGUGGAGACUGCUACCUAUAGGAAGCUACUGGAAGGCGAGGAGUCCAGGCUGAAAGGAGAAGGUGUUGGACAAGUCAACAUCUUUGUGGUGCAGUCCAACAUCUCCAACAGCUAUGGCAGCACCAGUAGAACUGGUGGUGGAUUAAGCCUUAGUGGAGGCAGUGGCUGUUCUUAUGGUAGUGGUCACAGCCUUGGGGGUGGCUUCAGUUCUGACAGUGAGAGAGGCAUUGGAGGUGGCUUUGUUUCCACUGGGAACAACAGUUCCAUUGUGAAAUAUACCACCACUUCCUCCUCCAGCAGGAAGAGCUUUGAGAAUUGA